CAAACACCUUUUACUAUGGCUGUGAGCAGCUGCGUAGGAUUAGUGUCUGCCACCAGACAUAGCAAGUGACGGAAACAGGGAGGGAGUGGCAGAGACAGGGACAGGCAGAUUGACAAAAGAAUAUAGCACAGACUCUUGCAAGUAGCAUGGACUGGCCAAAAUGUGAGCACCAUGUAUGUGGACAUGUAAGGACUGAGCAACCGCUGACUGAAGCCUAAUGGGGUCUGGAGUAAGCCAGAAGGAAUAUCCAGUUGAAGAGAGCCCGCCCCCACCACAGUCCAACACUGAGUCAGAUUCAGCUCACUCCUCUCCACCUCGACCCGCCAUCAUCGUCACAGCUCCAUCACGAGAGGACCUGUAUGCCUUACCAUCCACCAUGACCUUAGCUGAUGCCGUCAAAGAGCGGCGGCCCUCUUCCACACCCUUCGUAGUGGGGAACAAAUUUGUGGCCAAUCGAUAACAGCAUGUCCUGCAGGAGUAUUCAAAGAAGAACUCAAAAUGGAUUGCACAAGUAUCACGCAGUUGCAGAACCGCAUGGCAGCGUGUUGACGUACUCCGCCUGUUCAAACUCCGGGAAAGCACUUUGUUGUCCUGGUGGUGGCACGAACCAAAACACAAUGGCGGCGCCCGAGUGAGCCCGAGUUAAAGCCAAAACGGACUCUACUCUUGUCUUCUGAGGCUGCAAACGAGUCGAAAGAAUGGACACCGUGGGAGAAGACGAACAGGACCCUAUAAAGCUCAAGUCUAUCAAGAACAAUAAAACAUUUACGGUGCCUCGAAAUGACAGGUUUGGGAGCUGCAGAAGUGUUCGAGAGUUUGAGAAAUUUAACCGCAUAGGAGAAGGAACUUACGGCAUUGUGUACCGAGCGCGAGACACCAAGUCAGAUGAGAUUGUAGCAUUGAAGAAGGUGCGGAUGGACAAAGAGAAAGACGGGAUCCCCAUCAGUAGUCUCAGAGAGAUCACCCUGCUGCUGAGGCUGAGACAUCCCAACAUAGUGGAGCUGAAAGAAGUGGUUGUUGGCAGUCAACUGGAGAGUCUGUUUCUGGUGAUGAGUUACUGCGAACAGGAUCUGGCCAGUCUGCUGGAAAACAUGCAGACACCGUUCUCUGAGGCUCAGGUGAAGUGUAUCAUCCUUCAGUUGCUCAGAGGCUUGGAGUAUCUCCACCACAACUUCAUCAUACACAGAGACCUGAAGGUGUCUAAUCUGCUGAUGACGGACAAUGGCUGCGUUAAGAUUGCUGAUUUUGGGUUGGCCCGGAUGUACGGGAUCCCCCAGCAGCCCAUGACGCCUCGGGUGGUCACCCUGUGGUACAGGGCUCCAGAGCUCCUCCUAGGGACCAAGACCCAGACUACAGCUCUAGACAUGUGGGCUGUGGGCUGUAUCCUGGCUGAGCUGCUCGCUCACAAGCCCCUGUUGCCCGGGACCUCUGAGAUCCAGCAGGUGGACCUGAUAGUCCAGCUGCUGGGAACACCCAAUGAAAACAUCUGGCCGGGCUUUUCUCUGCUGCCCCUCAUCGGUCAGUACAGUCUGAGGAAGCAGCCGUACAACAACCUGAAGAACAAAUUCACAUGGCUGUCUGAUGCCGGACACAGACUGCUCAACCUGCUCUUCAUGUACAACCCACAGCGCAGAGCUACUGCCAAAGAUAGUCUGGAGAGUUCUUACUUCAAAGAGAAACCUCUACCCUGUGAACCAGACCUGAUGCCAACCUUCCCUCACCACCGCAACAAGCGGGCUGCCCCUCCGCUGGAGAGCCACUCAAAACGGAGCAAAGUGUGAUGAACAGGGUGAUGAUGAGACGUUGGACUCAAAGACCACCCUGAGGUGGUGACAUUCUUAGGAAUGGAUGUUGGUUUCGUGGAAUGUGGAGUUUUCACUGUGGGAUUUUCAGUAAAUGCAAACUCAAUUCGUUUAACUUCCAACACAGCUGAAGUGAACAAACUCAGAUAGCCGAUUGCUGAACUCCUCCUCCGCAGCGCUGUGGAAGAAGGUCUGGCAAUGCGAGACUACACAGAACUCUGCAGUGUUGAGUAUAAUGUCAGAGAUUAUAGACACAUUUUAAAGGGCUGUAAUCACACGUUCUCUACUGGUCUUUGUAGACCCAGUUCAGUAGAAAUUGCUUCUGUUGGGUAUAAUUUUAAUAUUUGUAUUGCUGCCAAGGGUUAGGGUUUGGAAAAAAUGUGAAAGUAAUGAGGACAAAGUUGCCUUGACAAAUACGCUGAGGCAGUUGUCCUUAGGGUCGAGCAUUUGUCUUUUCUAACUGCUAUACUGUUAUCAGUCUGGAUCUAAUCAUCGAAAUUAUAAGACUCCGAAGGCGUGACAAGUAGGAACCAAACCAACUCGCUUGAGGUCUGCCCACAGUUACACUGGGUCGGCCUUUUACCCAGAGCCUUGGUAGGAUCUCAGGUUUGGUACUCAGAAGCAUCAGGAUAUAUCAGUGGCCAGCUUUGUGUCCUUGAUGUGGAACACUGAACUCCUGAAUCUGCUUGCCCUAUUGUUAAAGGAAGAGUUUGACCUAGUUUGAAAAAUGAUUUUUGCUUUCUUGGAGUUAGAUGAGAAGAUUGAUACCACUCAGAGACACCAGACCUGUUUCAAUCUUCUCAUCUAACUUUGGGCAAAAAAAAUUGAAAGCUUGAAUGCCUAAAACAUGAACAGUGACUUCAUUAGUAGAAAUCACUGAACAUGGUGUUACCUGGUCUGCUUGUGUUUGACACCUGGCGCUCAAUAAAUAGGUAGAACACGGGACUAAUUGUCUCAGGCUGAUAUUUACUUGACUGGGAUGGAUACUGUAAAUGCUAACGGGGCCUCGAAAUAUGUUAAACCAUGUGCAACUGAACAUAAAAAUGUCAACCCAG